AUGCUGCGAUGUCUACAAACUGAUACUUUGGUUGCCGUGUUGGAACAAGUGAGUAUAAAUGCAACUUCAGAAUUAUCAGAUUCUUUAACUAUCAAAUUAAUUAAUAUUACAAAUGGAUUAAAUUCUUUGGUUGGAAAUGAAACUCAAGGAAACGAUUUGAAUGUCACAAAUCUAUCAAAUGGAACCUAUCAAUUCAUCGUCACUGAAUCAUCAGGAUGCAUCCGUACAACUGAUCCUUUUAAUAUUGGAACAAUAGAAAAGCCAACUUCAACUCCUACACCAACACCAGUUAAUCAAUCCUAUCAACUUUUACCUCCUUCAUUAAUUUAUAGUUUUAUUCCUUUUUUAAUGCCAGAAAAUGAAGGAAUUGUUAGAGAAAUAUACAAGAAUAAGAAAUACCUUAGAAUAUGGAAACUGGCAAGAAUACUAGCUAAUCACAAACACUAUAAAUAUCAUACAUUUGUAAACUAA